CAUCCACGCACUGCAAGAGUUCGUUGAGGCGUGGAGUGCGCAGCAACACUUCAGGUCGUCAAUCAGCUAUUAAGUCAUAUUAAUAAACUGUCUUUAUUCCAAAAACAAUGAGGCGACUGUGGAUUAUCGGUCUCUUCUGUGCACUUCUUGCAUUUGCUUCUGUGAAAGCUGAAGAUGAAGUUGAGAUUGACGGCAUGGUGGAAGACGACCUAGGGAAGAGCCGAGAUGGAUCCCGGACAGAUGACGAGGUUGUUCAGAGGGAGGAAGAAGCAAUACAGCUUGAUGGGUUGAACGCCUCGCAAAUUAAGGAAAUUCGCGAGAAAGCAGAGAAGCAUGCAUUCCAGGCUGAAGUGAACAGAAUGAUGAAAUUGAUCAUCAAUUCUCUGUAUAAGAACAAGGAGAUCUUCCUCAGAGAGCUGAUCUCCAAUGCUUCUGAUGCCCUGGAUAAAAUCCGGUUACUGUCCCUGACCCAUGAAGAUGCCCUUGCUGCAAAUGAAGAGCUUACUAUUAAAAUCAAGUCUGACAAAGAGAAGAACGUGCUUCACAUCACUGAUACUGGUAUCGGCAUGACCAAAGAGGAACUGGUGAAGAACCUUGGUACCAUCGCCAGGUCUGGAACCAGUGAGUUCCUCAACAAGAUGACUGAGAUGCAGGAUGAGGGUCAGUCCACCUCUGAGCUGAUUGGCCAGUUUGGUGUGGGCUUCUACUCUGCCUUCCUUGUGGCUGACAAGGUCAUUGUCACAUCCAAGCACAACAAUGGCACCCAGCACAUCUGGGAGUCCGAUUCCAAUGAGUUCACUGUCAUUGAGGACCCUCGUGGAGACACUCUGGGUAGAGGCACCACUAUUACGUUGGUGAUGAAAGAGGAAGCUUCAGACUACCUUGAGCUAGAGACCAUUAAGAACCUGGUGAAGAAGUACUCCCAGUUCAUCAACUUCCCUAUCUACGUAUGGAGCAGCAAGACUGAGACUGUAGAGGAGCCCAUUGAGGAGGAGGAGCAGCCUGAGGCGGAGAAGGAAGAUGCAGCAGAAGAUGAAGCUGAGGUUGAGGAAGAGGAAGAAGACAAGGACAAACCAAAGACUAAGAAGGUGGAGAAGACCGUGUGGGACUGGGAGCUGAUGAAUGACAUUAAACCCAUCUGGCAGAGGCCUGCAAAGGAAGUGGAGGAGGAUGAAUACAAAGCCUUUUACAAGACCUUCUCCAGGGAUUCAGAUGAGCCCAUGUCACACAUCCACUUUACCGCUGAAGGUGAGGUCACUUUCAAGUCCAUCCUCUUCAUUCCUGCAUCUGCACCCAGAGGACUUUUUGAUGAGUAUGGUACCAAGAAGAAUGACUUCAUCAAGCUAUUUGUGCGUAGAGUUUUCAUCACUGAUGACUUCCAUGACAUGAUGCCUAAGUACCUCAACUUCGUCAAAGGCGUUGUGGACUCUGAUGAUCUUCCUCUGAAUGUGUCCAGAGAGACUCUACAGCAACACAAACUGCUCAAGGUCAUCCGUAAGAAGCUGGUGCGCAAGACCCUGGACAUGAUCAAGAAGAUCGCAGAGGAGCAGUACAAUGAUAAGUUCUGGAAGGAGUUUGGCACCAACGUCAAGCUGGGCGUGAUUGAAGACCACUCCAACAGAACCCGCCUGGCCAAACUGCUUCGCUUCCAGACCUCCCACAGCGAGACCAGCCUGUCCAGCCUGGAGCAGUACGUGGAGAGGAUGAAGGAGAAGCAAGACAAGAUCUACUUUAUGGCUGGAACCAGCAGGAAGGAGGCUGAGUCUUCUCCAUUCGUGGAGAAACUUCUUAAAAAGGGCUAUGAGGUCGUCUACCUGACCGAGCCAGUGGACGAGUACUGCAUCCAGGCCCUGCCUGAGUUUGAUGGAAAGCGGUUCCAAAACGUGGCAAAGGAAGGUGUGAAGUUUGAUGAGAGCGAUAAGGCGAAGGAGACGAGAGAGGCCUUGGAGAAAGACUUUGAACCCCUCACCACCUGGAUGAAAGAAAAGGCCCUUAAGGACAAUAUCGAGAAGGCUGUUUUGUCCCAGAGGUUGACCAACUCACCCUGCGCUCUGGUUGCGAGUCAGUAUGGGUGGUCUGGCAACAUGGAACGGAUCAUGAAAGCUCAGGCUUACCAGACAGGAAAAGACAUUUCCACAAAUUAUUAUGCAAGUCAAAAGAAGACAUUAGAAAUCAACCCCAAACAUCCUCUCAUCAAGGAGAUGUUGAGGAGAGUCAAAGCAGAUGCUGAGGAUCAGACAGCUGCAGAUUUAGCUGUGGUGCUCUUUGAGACAGCUACACUGCGCUCUGGCUACCAGCUCUCAGAUACCAAAGCCUAUGGAGACAGAAUAGAGCGCAUGCUCCGGCUUAGCAUGAACGUAGACCUUGAUGCACAGGUAGAGGAGGAGCCAGAGGAGGUACCUGAAGAACUGGCAGAGGAUGCAGAGCCUGAAGAAGAGGAGGGAGUCCAGGCAGAUGAGGAUGUAGAGGACGAAUCUGAUUCCACAGGAAAAGACGAGUUGUAAAGUUGUAUGACUGGGAGGGAUGGGGCUUUGGACUGUGAUGCAGAGUGAAGAUGGUGACCACGGCUGUUCAUCUUUUCUCUGUGUGGGUGGGUUAAGUUUGGGGAAUAGGGGCUUUUUUUUUUUUUUUUUAAGGCGCUGCUUUGUGUUUGAGAUUUCUUUUUCUUUUUUUUACAUUCCUCCAUGAUUGUAAAUUUGUUAAUAUUUAACUGACCCAGUUGUGGAGCGCUGACUCCUGUCCAUUGAACCAUUAAAUGUUUCCGGAAAGGGA